GGAGGAGGUCCCCGGCUCUGCAGGGCUGGGCUCUAGCUCUGGCAGCUGAGUUUGGGAGCUGCCUGGGAAGUGAUUUUUUUUUUUUUUUAAUUCCCAAAGCAAAUGGCUGGCGUAGAAGCGUAACCCGUCUGCACUCUCUGCACUCUUCGGAUCUGUGCUUGGUUCUUCUCUUACACCCUGGGACUCGCGAUCGUCAUGCUGUGAUGUGUGCCGCGGGAGGAAUUGAUCACCUACACAACCUGGAUCUCACUGCAUUUUGGACAUGACUGAGCCUCUUCAAUGGGCCAGAUAUCACUGGCAGCGGCUGAUGGGCAGAACAAACCGAGAUGACGACGACGACGAGAGACCAUACAACUAUUCUUCGCUGCUUGCCUGCAGGGGCAAGUCCUCUCAGACCCCCAGACUGGCGGGAAAGCACCGGGUGGUUGUUCCCCACCUCCAGUCCUUCAAGGAAGAAUAUGAGCAGUUCUCUGGGACCUACGUGAAUAACCGAAUACGAACAACAAAGUACACACUUCUGAAUUUUGUGCCGAGAAAUUUAUUUGAACAAUUUCACAGAGCCGCCAACUUAUACUUCUUGUUUCUGGUCGUCCUGAACUGGGUGCCUUUGGUAGAAGCCUUCCAAAAGGAAAUUACAAUGCUGCCUCUGGUGGUGGUCCUUACAAUUAUCGCGAUUAAAGAUGGCUUGGAGGAUUACCGGAAAUACAAAACUGACAAGCGGAUCAACAACUCGGUCACUAAAGUUUACAGUAGGAAAGAGAAAAAGUACCUUGAUCAAUGCUGGAAAGAUGUUGCCGUUGGGGACUUUAUCCGCCUGUCCUGUAACGAGGUCGUCCCUGCAGAUAUGGUUGUGCUCUUCUCCACCGACCCAGAUGGGAUCUGCCACAUCGAGACUUCUGGUCUCGACGGAGAGAGCAACUUAAAACAGAGGCAGGUGGUUCGAGGAUAUGCAGAGCAGGACUCUGAAGUUGAUCCUGAGAAAUUCUCCAGUAGGAUAGAAUGUGAAAGUCCAAACAAUGACCUCAACAGAUUCCGAGGCUUCCUAGAGCAUUCCGACAAAGAACGCGUGGGCCUCAGUAAAGAAAAUUUGUUACUCAGAGGAUGCACCAUUAGAAACACGGAGGCCGUCGUGGGCAUUGUGGUUUAUGCAGGCCAUGAAACCAAAGCAAUGCUGAACAACAGCGGUCCCAGGUAUAAGCGCAGCAAAUUAGAAAGAAGAGCCAAUACAGACGUCCUCUGGUGUGUUCUGCUUCUGGUUAUUAUGUGUUUGACCGGUGCACUGGGUCACGGAAUCUGGUUGAGCAGAUACGGACACGUGCCCUUCUUUCACCUCCCGGAGCCUGAUGGACGUGUCAUAGCACCCCCGUUGGCAGGCUUCUAUAUGUUUUGGACCAUGAUCAUUUUGUUGCAGGUCUUGAUUCCCAUUUCUCUCUAUGUUUCCAUUGAAAUUGUGAAGCUUGGCCAAAUAUAUUUCAUUCAAAGUGAUGUGGAUUUCUACGAUGAGAAAACGGAUUCUACCAUUCAGUGCCGAGCCCUGAAUAUCACUGAGGACCUUGGACAGAUUCAGUACCUCUUUUCUGACAAGACAGGAACGCUCACUGAGAAUAAGAUGGUUUUUCGGAGAUGCAGUGUGGCAGGCUUCGAUUACUGUCAUGAAGAAAAUGCGAAGAGGUUAGAAUCCUAUCAGGAAGCUGUCUCUGAAGAUGAGGAUUUUGCAGACACUCCCACUGGCUCUCUCAGCAAUAUGGCAAAACCCCAGGCCCCCAGCUGCAGGACGGUUCAGAACGGGCCUUUGGGAAGUAUGUCCUCGAAUCAUCUGGCCGGGAGCUGUUCCGCUCUGGGAAGUGGAGAAGGAGCCGGCGAAGUGCCUCGUUCCAGACAGGCUGCCUUCAGUAGCCCCAUUGAAACAGAUGUGGUACCAGACACCAGGCUUUGGGACAAAUUCAGUCAGAUUACACCUCAGCUCUUCACCCCACUUGAUGAGUCUGACCCAGACCCACCGCCGGAGACUUCGUACAUCGUCGACUUCUUUAUCGCGUUGGCAAUCUGCAACACAGUCGUGGUUUCUGCCCCGAACCAGCCACGGCGAAAGACCAGACUCUCUUCACUGAGCGGAAUGCCCAUUAAGUCUUUGGAAGAGAUUAAAAACCUUUUCCAGAGAUUGUCUGUCCGAAGAUCAAGUUCACCAUCUCUUGCCGGUGGGAAGGAGCCAUCUGCUGGGGCCUCAGGUGCCUUCGUGAGCAGACUCUCUCUCUUCAGCCGAGUGAAGGUGGCCUCCCCCGUGGAGGAAGAGGCCUCCCAGGCCGGCGAGGGCCCUCAGGGGUCGGGAAGCUCGGCUUGCCUUCCAGAGACAGAGAAACAGAACGGUGAUGCAGGCAUCACCAGUGUCCAGGCGGAUGCCCUCCCUGGACAGCCCUCGCCCUCCCCUCUGUGUUACGAGGCCGAGAGCCCGGACGAAGCGGCGCUGGUGUAUGCCGCCAGGGCUUACCAAUGCACUUUACAGUCCCGGACACCAGAGCAGGUCAUGGUGGACUUUGCUGCUUUGGGACCCUUAACAUUUCAACUCCUGCACAUCCUGCCCUUCGACUCAGUAAGAAAGAGAAUGUCUGUGGUGGUCCGGCACCCCCUUUCCAACCAAGUCGUGGUGUACACGAAGGGGGCUGAUUCCGUGAUCAUGGAACUACUCUCCGCAGCUUCCCCAGAUGGAGCCAGUCUGGAAAAACAACAGAUGCUAAUAAGGGAGAAAACCCAGAAGCACUUGGAUGACUAUGCCAGGCGGGGCCUACGCACUUUAUGUAUCGCAAAGAAGGUCAUGAGUGACACUGAAUAUGCAGAGUGGCUGAGGAAUCACUUUUUAGCUGAAACCAGCAUUGACAACAGGGAAGAAUUACUACUUGAAUCUGCCAUGAAGUUGGAAAACAGACUAACCUUACUUGGUGCUACGGGCAUUGAAGACCGUCUGCAGGAGGGCGUCCCCGAGUCCAUCGAAGCCCUUCACGCAGCCGGCAUCAAGAUCUGGAUGCUGACGGGGGACAAGCAGGAGACGGCCAUCAACAUCGCGCACGCGUGCAAACUGCUGGAGCCGGACGACAAGCUCUUCGUCCUCGACACCCAAAGUAAAGAUGCCUGUGAGAUGCUGAUGGGCACAAUUUUGAAAGAACUUCAGAAGAACACAGCCUCCCCAGGGCAAGCCUCAUUAAGCGAGGGCUCACACCAGUCUUCUGCCCGCCGGGACUCAGGGCUGCGGGCUGGCCUCGUCAUCACUGGGAAGGCCCUGGAGUUUGCCCUGCAGGAAAGUCUGCAGAAGCAGUUCCUGGAGCUGACUGCUUGCUGUCAAGCUGUGGUCUGCUGCCGAGCCACCCCCCUGCAGAAAAGCGAGGUGGUGAAAUUGGUACGCAGCCAUCUCGGGGUGAUGACCCUGGCCAUUGGUGAUGGUGCCAAUGACGUCAGCAUGAUACAAGUGGCAGACAUUGGGAUAGGGAUCUCUGGUCAAGAAGGCAUGCAGGCUGUGAUGGCCAGUGACUUCGCCGUUUCUCAGUUCAGACAUCUCAGCAAGCUCCUGCUUGUCCACGGGCACUGGUGUUAUACACGACUUUCCAACAUGAUUCUCUACUUUUUCUACAAGAAUGUGGCCUAUGUGAACCUCCUUUUCUGGUACCAGUUCUUUUGUGGGUUUUCAGGAACAUCCAUGACUGACUAUUGGGUUUUGAUCUUCUUCAACCUCCUCUUCACUUCUGCCCCUCCCGUCAUUUAUGGCGUUUUGGAGAAAGAUGUGUCUGCAGAGACCCUCCUGCAACUGCCUGAACUUUACAAGAGCGGGCAGGAAUCAGAGGCAUACUUACCCCUCACCUUCUGGAUCACCUUGUUGGAUGCCUUUUAUCAGAGCCUGGUCUGCUUCUUUGUGCCUUACUAUACCUACCAGGGCUCGGACGUUGACAUCUUCACAUUCGGAAACCCCCUGAACACCGCCGCUCUGUUCAUCAUUCUCCUUCACCUGGUCCUUGAAAGCAAGAGUUUGACUUGGAUUCACGUGCUGGUCAUCGCCGGCAGCAUCCUGGCCUAUUUUCUCUUCGCCUUGGCUUUUGGGGCCAUGUGUGUGACUUGCAACCCACCCUCCAACCCGUACUGGAUCAUGCAGGAGCACAUGCUGGACCCGGUGUUCUACUUGGUUUGUGUCCUCACCACCUGCGUGGCUCUCCUGCCCAGGUUUACGUACCGAGUUCUUCAGGGAUCCCUGUUUCCAUCUCCGCUUCUGAGGGCUAAGCACUUCGACAGACUGACUCCAGAGGAGAGGGCUGAAGCCUUCAAGAAGUGGAGGGGAGCGGGAAAGGCGGAUCAGGUGACAACUACAUGUGCUGACCACCCAGCUGCCAAGUCAAGACCCAUGUGUGGCCCCGCUCUCAUUGGAAUGACGUCAGCAACUCCUGGUGCUGCCAAGCGAGGGAGCGCCUCUGUGUGCGAGACCGCGUUGGACUUGCACUGCUCUGAAACCAAGACCUCAGGGAUGGCCGAGCCCUCGAAAGAGUAAAGAAGCAGGACGCCCUCCUUGUAGCUGCAUGUAUUCCUUCAGUGUGGAGAGACCCUUCGAAGAGGCACCUCCACCAAGCAGGAGUGACUUGGGCCUGUCCCUCAGGGUCAUGAACAUUUUACUUCCUUGAGAAAGCCAGUGCAAUAGCCUUCAUUGUACGUGUGACAUUUGACCUGGACAGAGUUCAGGGGAGUAAAAUAUUUAAUUCACAAUCAAAUGCUUUUAUGAAACACUGGGGAUUUUGUAAAAGCAUUUUAUUGUCUUCGACAUAUAAAUGUUUUCAAGGAGAUUCACUUGAGAUAUAUUUAUUUUACUGUGAGAGCUCAGAUUCCAGAGAAAUGCUUUAAAUAAGCAGACUCCAAUCUGAUUUUUUUUUAAUUCAGAAAAAAACAAAGUAGUUUUAGAUUGGUUAGAAUUCUGAGAAUUCUACAUGGAAAAAAAAAAUGUUAUAAAAGGUUGAUUUCCGGGGGAAAAAAAUUCCAAGAGCCUUUUAAACAACAAUGUACCUAAAAUACGAUAACAAUGAUACUAUUUAAAAAUGGUAUUAUUAAUAGCUUUUCAUUUUUUAAGAGAAGAUGGUUUAGGUCUUCUGGCUGAGGACCUCUGCUUGUUUCAGCAUUCUCCUGAGCUGGGAAGGGGCGGGGGCUGGGGUGGGGGUGGGAGGCGGGAUGCCCGGGCUCCCGCAGGGAAUGGAGCCAGCUUCAGGCAAAGGAAGCCCCUUCUUAAGGUCCACCUGUGUGUGGACAUCAACUGGGAAACUGAAGCUGUGGGUGAGUCAGGCAGACACAGCUGAGCCUGUAGCCCAUUUGGCAAUGUCCUGUAUUCUCAAAGUGGCAACAGCGUGAUCGGAAUGAGACAAUCAGUGUCAAACAAUCUUCAAGAGACCACUUGAGGGUUUCUCGUCCUUACCAGCCAUACAGCUUUUCAGGUGUUGGAACAUCUAAAAAGGAGAUAUGAAUUGAGGCUAAUAUAGGGGGUUCUCAGAAGGAGUCCAUGAGGUUCUUAGGAGAAUUUGGUUUUUAACACAUUUUAGAACAGGCAUAUCUGUAUAUAGCAGGUUAACUGCUGUUACCAGUCCUAUAUGCUGGUUUUGGUUGGAACAAAGAAAUAAUUUAUCCCAAGUAAGGCCGGGUGUUAUUAUAAGAUCAUGUACUCUUGUUCUUUUAAAAUUCUGUAUCUGUUCAUUUGAAAAUUGUCAAAAUUGCUGCCAGUCACCCGGUAUUUCCUUCAUGAAAUCUCCAUGCCAUUGCUCCGUUCUUAUUGUCCUAAUGACUAUUAAACUCUGAAUAUUAUUCUCAGGGCUUUAUCUCCUACCUGCUGCCCACUGUCCUGGUCUGAUGUUUAUGGAGCCUUCUGAUAUGAGUGCAAAUAUUCUUCUACAUAGACUUUCCAGAACUUGCAAAAUAUCACAGAGCUAAUGGAAGUUGCUUCCACUUCCUUAUUGUUUUUUUUUAAAUAAACUGUUUCAUAAAUAAUGUGCACUGUUGUCACUCUUCUAGACAUUCACAGAAUCCAGCUGUAAGUGGUUCCAGAACUUAGAGGGGAAAUUCCAAAGUACACCUUUUACCAGAAUAGUGUUUUGGCUUUUUCUUGUGUGGAACAAUUAGUGAUGUUAUUUCCUCUGUUAUCCUCAUAGUAGCUGGCGUGCAUUUCCUGAGAUCAUCAUCUUCUGAUAAAUAAACAUUUAGAGAGAGUUUUACUAGUAAAUAAAAGGUUAGAAUCUAAGGAGGACAGGAAUGAGCCAUACAGACUAAGAUAAACCAUUAAGUAUCUGCACACUGGAGCAGAUGAAACUCUUGAGUGCUCGUGCUAUGGGGCCGCAAUCUCUCAACCGUGAUUCCAGAAACCCAAGUACUCUGAAAACUGAAAAAUCUUUUAUAAAUUAGGCACAACUCAAUGCCCUCAACAGAGGUGAUGCUAU